AAAACCUCGGCUCGGCAGAUCGAGGAGUGAAACCAAGAUGGGACCGAGGACUUUCUGGGCAGUGCUGGGAAUCUGGCUCAUGGCAGCCAGGGGUGUCUGGAGCCAAGAGGGUGACGAAUUAGGAGAAGAGAAAAACACUGUUGUCAUACCCUUCUUUGAUGUCUCCAUCUCGGGGACCACAGUCACCAUUACUUGUCCCAAGAACGAAAGAAGCGUAAAGUGGAUCAAAGCCCCAGAAAAGGCGCGGGAGAUAGGUGACAAUACCGUGGUGGUGGAAAAUUUUUCUGAGGUUGAACACAGUGGACUUUAUCGUUGUGAAGUUGAUCAACAAAUAUACGAUCUGUACCUCAGAGCCAGAGUGUGUGAGAUGUGCGUGGAGGUGGACCUGCUGUCCGUGGCCGGGAUCGUCGUGGGGGACGUCCUGGUCACGCUGGGCGUGCUAGUGCUGGUGUACUACUGGAGCAAGAGCCGCAAGGGCCAGGCCACCGGGCGGGGAGCCGGAACCACUGGAAGGCCCAGGGGACCAACCAAAGAGCGACCCCCGCCCGUCCCCAGCCCGGACUAUGAGCCCAUCCGGAAGGGGCAACGCGACGUGUACUCCGGCCUGAACCAGAGGGGAAUCUGAAGUUGCCUGGAUCCGGCCGCCUGGUCUGGGAUUCCUGCUUUUCCCCCGGCCCCUGCCCGGCCCCCACAAAGUCGGCCGGCCUCCACCCACCAUGGGGACUGGCUACCACAAAGUUCAAUACAUUUCCCCCAUCCCUGGGGGGGCCUGUGGAGCCAGUGCCCAACCUGGGCUGCUCCAGGCAGAAAAGUCCCUGCUUCGACCAGUGUUCCUUAUCCCUACUGCUGUCCACUUCCAUUUCUUUCUCUUUUCUUCUCUCUCUCUCUCUCUCUAUCUCUCUUCCCACCCCACCCCCCCGCUCAGCGGUUUGGGGGAAAGGGAAGAAGAGUUCCCUGUCACCUUCACCCAUAACAUUGGUCCAUGGGUUUUCUGGUUCCUCUCAUUCCAACCCUCGGGCCCCUCCACUCCCCUCCUGCUGCUCCCUGGCACUGAGAAAAUUCAUUAAAGGGUGUUUGGCUGAAAACUGC